AUGCCUUCAAAUGGGUACGGUAGUUACGGUAACCAAGAGUACGGUUACGGUAGCGACAAUGAUCCAGCGUACGGUUCUGAUCUUGGCUACAGUGAAAAUGGUCAAAACGCACAAUUUGGGAGUUACUCUUCAGGUAGCGUUAAGCCAAUGAACUCUUACAAACCUUUCAACUUUGGAGCAUCAUCAUUUGGAACUUUACCAACAAACGUUAACUACGGUAAUAGUGACUAUUCGGGCGAGUACGGUGGUUCAAACUCUGAUGUAUACAACUAUCAAGGAACAAGAUUUUCACAAGGUUCAUCUCCUCAAAGCUACGGUAAUCCUACGUUGCAGUCUGGAUAUGAAUCAGGCUAUACUCCAGUACAGACAAUGAAUUAUGCCGGAGGCUCCUACCAACCGAAUGGAUAUCAGCACGGCGAAUACCAAAGUCCCUACACAACAUCAGAUUCUGUAGGAUACGGGAGUGGUCUCAAAACAAAUGAUGCGUAUCGAUUGAUUAGUAGACCUGGUACGGAUUACUCAAUGAAUUUCGGUUAUGGUGCCAAAAAAGGACCAUCUGGUGGCGGCGGUACACCGAAACUUACGAAUAAUGUGUCCCCAGCAAUGCUCAUCGAGGAUGGUUACAAGGCGAAGACUGCUUAA